AUGGAUAGAGGAAAUCUGACUGUUGAAGUGGACUUUCACCUCCUAGGAUUUUCUGACCUUCCUAAUCUUCAAGAGUUUCUGUUUGGGAUUUUUUUAGUCAUGUAUUUGAGUAUUCUUAUAGGAAAUGGUCUCAUAAUUUUAAUUACUAAGGCAGAUCCUUCCCUCCAAACCCCAAUGUACUUUUUCCUUGGGAAUUUUUCUUUCUUGGAAAUAUGUUAUGCAACAGUCACUCUUCCAAGAAUGCUGAUAGAUCUCUGGACUCACAAUGGCAAUAUAUCUCUGUUGGCCUGUGCCUCACAACUUUGCUUCUUUCUGAUUUUUGGAAUAACUGAAUGCUUCCUUCUGGCAGUGAUGGCAUAUGACCGUUAUGUGGCCAUUUGUAAGCCUCUGUACUAUCUUGUCAUCAUGAGACACCAGGUGUGUAUUGGACUUGUGGUAGGAUCCUGGAUCACUGGCAUCCCAGUUGUGAUCGGACUAAUAUAUCAGAUUUUUUCUAUGCCCUUUUGUGUCCCUACUAAAAUCAAUCAGGUUUUCUGUGAUGUUUAUCCAGUACUGCAGGUGUCUUGUGGAGAUACCUCAAUGAGUGAGCUUUCUGUCUAUGCUGAUGUUGUCCUUUUUGCCAUAAUUCCCUUCAUACUAAUACUUAAUUCUUACAUCAGAAUCAUCACAACCAUAUUAAAGUUCCCCUCAAAGGUGGGACGGUCCAAAGCAUUCUCAACUUGUUCCUCCCACCUUGCUGUUGUCAGCUUAUUCUUCAUAACUGCAAUCAUGACACAUUUGCAAACCAAGUCCAGCCAUUCCAUAGUCACCGAGAGGGUGCUUUCUAUUUUCUAUACCACUGUGACCCCACUGGUUAACCCCAUGAUUUAUAGCCUGAGAAACAAAGAUGUCAUUUUGGCAUUGAGGAAAUUAUUAAUUAAAUAA